UAUCCAACGUGGAAACAACAUAUGGACCAACAUUGAGACAUUUAGACAGGUUUGAAAGGGGCUGCCCGCUUACUGACGGGCAUCACCGACCCCUCUCCAUCCCCCCCACCCCGCAGCUUCUGCGACUCUCGUCUAAUUGCACGGAGGCUCUGAGUCAAGUGGCGGCGGACGGUUUGUGCUGUGCACUCGGUGUGAGGCUCUGAACUGAUGUCUCUGCCUAUCAGGAAUUUAAAGUGUCUCUCGCCGGUCAUGUGCCAGUGUAAGGUCAUCUGCAGCAACCGGACCCUGUCUCUUAUGUUCGGGUGCAAGAAGUACAGGUACCAGGAUGAGGAGACGCCCCCCUUGGAGCACAGUCCAGCACAUCUGGCUCCAGGGAAAAGUGCAGAGAUGCUUCAUAUGAGCGACAAGAACCUUGCUGCCAUGGAGGCCAUACACGGCUACACACCGCAUACACAUAUCUCUCCUGUCAAGCCUGUGUUGAUGUCUACAGGACACACUCCAAUGUACACCUCCGCUGUUUCCACACUGGGAAAUACUCCUCCAGUGGUGGUGAACACUGACACACUCGAUGGCUCCCCAUACGUGAAUGGGACAGAAGGAGAAAUCGAGUAUGAGGAAAUCACACUGGAGAGAGGUAACUCGGGCCUGGGCUUCAGCAUAGCGGGGGGAACAGACAACCCACAUGUGGGUGACGACCCCAGCAUCUUCAUCACCAAAAUCAUACCGGGAGGAGCCGCAGCUCAAGAUGGACGUCUGAGUGUGAACGACUGCAUCUUAUUUGUGAAUGAUGUUGACGUAAGAGAGGUGACACAUAGCCAAGCUGUCGAGGCUCUUAAGGAGGCAGGUGCUAUCGUCCGCCUCUACGUUCUGCGCAGAAAACCAGCAGCUGAAAAAGUCACUGAAAUUAAACUAAUCAAAGGGCCUAAAGGAUUAGGUUUCAGCAUUGCUGGAGGUGUGGGAAACCAGCACAUACCAGGAGAUAACAGCAUCUAUGUCACCAAGAUCAUUGAAGGCGGGGCAGCUCAUAAAGAUGGGCGUCUGCAGAUCGGGGACAAGAUCUUAGCGGUGAACAACGUGUGUCUGGAGGAUGUGAUGCACGAGGAUGCGGUGGGGGCUCUGAAGAACACAGCCGAGGUGGUGUACCUCAGGGUGGCCAAGCCCAACAACCUGUUCCUGACUAACUCCUACAACCCUCCGGACCUCACCAGCACAUAUUCCCAUAUGGAUACUGAACUCAGCCACCCUAACUAUCUUGGAUCGGAUUACCCACAAGCCCUAACUCCCACCUCACCGAGUAGGUUUUCUCCUGUCCUGCACGGCAUGAUGGGAGACGAUGACAUCCCCAGGGAGCCUCGCCGAGUUUUGAUUCACAGAGGCUCAACAGGUCUGGGAUUCAACAUUGUUGGAGGAGAGGAUGGGGAAGGAAUCUUUAUCUCAUUCAUCCUGGCGGGGGGUCCAGCUGACCUUAGCGGAGAGCUGCACAAGGGCGACCAGAUCCUUAGCGUAAAUGGUGUGGACCUGCGCAUGGCCACACAUGAACAGGCAGCCGCAGCGCUGAAGAACGCUGGACAGACUGUAACCAUCAUUGCUCAGUACAGACCCGACGAGUACAGCCGUUUUGAGGCUAAGAUCCAUGACUUGAGGGAACAGCUGAUGAACAGCAGCAUGGGCUCUGGGACCACAACGCUAAGGAGUAACCCAAAGAGAGGCUUCUACAUCAGGGCUCUUUUUGACUAUGAUAAAACUGCGGACUGUGGCUUCCUCAGUCAAGCGCUGGGCUUCAAGUUUGGAGACGUACUGCAUGUGUUGGACUGCGGAGACGAAGAGUGGUGGCAGGCCCGUAAGGUCAGCCCCCAGAACGAGGCCGAAGAGGUCGGCUUCAUUCCCAGUAAACACAGGGUGGAAAGAAAAGAGUGGUCUCGUGUUAACACUAAAGAGAGGGACCAUGGUCGAGACAGCUUGAGCACUCAAGGGAGAGAUAAAAUCUCACACAGUUAUGAAACGGUUACCCAAGUGGAAGUGCAUUAUGCAAGGCCCAUCAUCAUUCUGGGUCCUGUGAAGGACAGGAUAAAUGAUGACCUGUUGUCUGAGUUCCCUGAUAAGUUUGGAUCUUGUGUCCCACACACCACGCGGCCCAAGAGGGAGUAUGAGGUCGAUGGGCGGGACUAUCACUUUGUGUCGUCACGGGAACAGAUGGAGAAGGACAUCCAGAGCCAUCGGUUCAUCGAGGCCGGACAGUACAACAGUCACCUGUAUGGCACCAGUGUCCAGAGUGUCCGUGAGGUGGCUGAGCAGCAGGGGAAGCACUGCAUCCUGGAUGUUUCUGCCAACGCAGUACGCAGACUACAAGCGGCUCAACUUCAUCCCAUCGCCAUCUUCGUCCGGCCCAAGUCACUGGAGAAUGUCCUAGAAAUUAACACUCGCCUGACAGAAGAGCAGGCCAGGAAAGGGAUGGACCGUGCCCUCAAACUAGAGCAAGACUUUCUAGAGUGUUUCUCAGCUGUCGUGGAAGGGGACAGCUUUGAAGAGGUCUAUCACAAAGUAAAGACAGUGAUUGAGGAGCAAUCAGGGCCUUACAUCUGGAUACCCACCCGGGAGAGGCUGUGAUGCUGCAGCCGCUCAACUGCCCCCCUCCCUCCUCUCACAGCCACCAUACCCACACCGCCGUUCACCCUCACAGCCGAGCCAGCCUGUCCGUCCUCCAGCAAUGUCAGUGCUUAGGCAAUCACUGAAAAUGACACAGAGAGACAAAUGCAUACUAAGACAAACACAGGAAGUGAGGAAAAGAACAAUACCAAAAAAACAAAAAGACUCUGAGACAGAUGUGAACAUAGCAACGUGUAAUUAAACGGAGAGGGACUGAGGGAAAAGACUUGACCAGUAUUUCUAUAUAACGAAGCAGGGCUAAACAUUGAGGCCGUGUUCACACUUGGCAUUAAAAUGCACCUACAAGUCAACGGUUAUAAACACAGCUGCAACUGCACUCAAAAGUGCAAAACUGAACACAGUGGUUUAGUGAAGCUAAAUAACUUGUAUAUGUACAUGUGUUGUCUCUGUUUAGAUGCAGUUUCCCACCAGAUAAACAGCAAAUGAAGUGAAGUCCAAAUGAUAAGUUAUUACUUGAGAUAGAUUUUAGAUACGUUUUAAUGCCAGGUGUGAACUGCCGCCCAUGUCAUCUGGAUUGUGACACAGUCUAGAUAUAUAUGGAUAAAAGACGUUAGAUCUGAGCAGAUUAGAGGUUGACUCAACACGGGGAUGCAGUAAGGCUGCUCAUCUCAAGUCUCAUGCCCCCUACAAAACACCUCCAUGCGCCAAUGUCUGAGAUGGAGGUCCUGAAAAAGACGCUGGCCCCUCUUUUUAUAUCACCUCCUGGCUUUCUGUCCUCCUCCUCCUGUCAGCUCUGCCUUGUUUCAGGACAGGAACGGGGGAAGACUGACUGAGAAGAGGGGGCCCAGGUGCUGCUGAGUCCCUCUUGACCAGGAGUCUUUUCUCUGCAAAGGCCCCCCCUUUUUUUGUGAAUUUCUUCUCGGUUCUGGGUGAGAACUCAGAAUAAACGCCCUAGUGACCAAGACUGACAUUUGUUCAAUCACCCAUGUUGAAUAUUGCGAGGCAUUAUUUAAAGGCAGUUCAAAUAAUUAUAAUGAUAAAAAAACUCAUAUGCUGAAUUUGUGCAUGCAUCUUCAAAGACAAUGUGUACGGGGGACAAAAAUGGAAAAAUGGGACAAAAAAAGGAAAAAAAUGAUGAAAAGGAAAAUCGAGUAAGUAAGGUAUGUUUCCUUCUCCAUCUUCUUAUUGUGGAGGAGUUUUUUUAGCAUGUCUCAUGAAGGAAGUAGAGAGACAUGAUAAUGUGCUAUGGUCUUGAAAGGCCCGUCCUGAGCACAGAUGCUCUGGCAUAUACAGUUUAGCCUCUACUCUCUUAUGCACACACACUCACGCUCCCUCACACACACAUAUACACCCUCACACCCAUCCAGUGACACACAGAUAGAGUCGUGACCUCAGCUGUAACCUAGCACACACCUCUAAAGGGGGACUGGCUAUUCCGACCUGCUAGUCGGAAUCCAGGAUGAAUGUUAUCUCUCUAGGCACAAACAGCCGAGCUCUUCGCUUCAUCGCACCACAGCCAACUCACUCACCGGUCACUCUUACAAAAGAUCCCUCUCAGCCGCAGACGUACACACCGUGUACGUGUCUGUGUGUGUACGUGCGUGUCAAUGUGUGUGCACAGAAUCGUGCGCAUUUACGCGUGAAACCUCCUCUGUGUGGGAGGAAUAUGUCUUCUUUUAUUCUCUCUCUUCCACUUUUCUCUGCUUCUUUCUCCCUCUUGUGUCCACACAAAUUAAAGCUAAGUCAUGUUUAACUGAUAAAUGGCCUAUAUAUAUAAAUAUAUAUAUAAAUAUAUAUAUAUAUCUUUUUUAUGACAAUUUCUAACGGGACUACGUCUGUAAAAAUCAACAUUUCCAAACAAUAUUCCAUUGAUUUCUUUGGGUAAUAUUGCAGUUUGGUUGUUGAAUUUACUCACAUUCCCAUUCUAUUGUUGUAAAACGCAGCAAAACAAAGCUACACAGAAAUAAGUGAAGCGUUCGAUGUAAAGCAGACCUCACGCCAGAGCCUGACGUAUUCGACAUGAUCUUGUAAAGAGACGAACUGAAACACAAUGCAGCUGUGUGUGUGUGCGCGCGUGUGUCUGUGUGACUGUGUAUUUGCUGCUUGUGUGUGCAAGUGGCAAGAAAGUAUGUGUUAUGUAUAAAUAUAAAUGAUGCCAUAUGAGAAUAUCAGUUCUAACAUCUACUGGUGAAUAUGAUAUGUAAUACAUAAAUGGGUGCCUGUGUGUGUGCCAGAGUGAGAGAGAGUGAGACACGCACAUGAAGAUGUAGUGCAAUACUGCUAUGAUGUUAUGCAAUGAAGAUGGUUUUAUGUGAUUUAAACAGUAUUUAUAAAGUUUGCCCUGGAGGUAUUAUUUGCUCCAGGUAUCAGCAGGACAAAGAUGGUGUGUUUAAGCAAAGCGACUCAACUUUGAGGUUUUAAGUGUCUGUAUUUAUUUAUGAUUUGUUCUAAGGUAGAAGUAUUGAUGACCAUUCAUAUUUGUUGUUUAUUUCUGCUUCUCUCAGCUCAAAGUGGAACAGCUGAGUGAAAUUGUGAAUGACAAGUCUCAUUUUUUUUCUUCAUAAUUUAUUAUUUAUUUAGAGCUGUUGCCAGUUCCAUCUUCAAGUCUGUAUAUUCUUUUUUCUUUUUCUUUUUUUCUACAUUGAGAGAGCUCUUGGGUCUUGGCCAGAAAUGCUGUAAAUACAACAGAGACGUCGGAUUGCCAUGUGGCUUUAGAUUUAAUCGUUCACACUGCUGAAUUGAUGCAGAAUCCAUCAGAGCCACAGCCCAGUUUCACUGCUCAAACAACAUCUCCACACUCCGGGUGGGCAACACACACACACACACACACACACACACACACACAUACAUGCACACACACACAUGUACACUCACACGCACACACAUGCACACACUCGACAAGGAUAUCGGCACGUCCACACAUGCAUUUACAUUAAUGAGAAUCACAAGAGCAAUGACACACAGAGGCACAUCCAUGAAUUGAAUAUGUUUUCAAUUUCUUUAUUUGAGGGUUCAAUGUAUUUCUUAAUAUCUCUCUCAGCCAUCCGUAUCAUAGUGUGAUAUUCCUUAUAAAGUAUAUGAAUUUUUACAGAAAAGACUGAUUACAAAGUUACAACAGAGUCAACUGAUGCAGAAAAAUAUAUUUAACAAUGACAAUAUCGAGCAAAAUAAAAUGUUCCAGUUCAGUGAAGCGCUUGUUGUAAAUUAGCUAUAAAAUAAUAAAAAUAAUUUAAAAUGCUUUCUGAAAA